AUGUUUGAGGAGAAAGUAAAGAAACAGAUCAAGUCGAUACAGUUUGGCCUGUUUUCACCAGAGGAAAUAAGAAAUGGAAGUGCUGCCCUGAUUGUCCAUCCGGAGGUAAUGGAAGGUGGGGUUCCAAAGGUCGGAGGGCUUAUUGAUCUGAGGAUGGGGACGACAGACAGAAUGUAUCUUUGCCAAAGUUGUGGAGGGGACAACUUCUCAUGCCCAGGCCAUUUUGGGCACAUUGAGCUUACAAAGCCUAUAUUCCAUGUUGGGUACAUCUCCAAAAUCAAGAAGGUUUUAGAGUGUGUUUGUUUCUAUUGUUCGAAGAUCAAGGUACCAAAGAGAGGAGUAAGAUCCACGCUUAACAAUGUGUGGAGUAUGAGUAAGGGUAAGUCGGUGUGCGAAGGAGAGGUUGUUGGAGAUGGAAGAAGCGGAUGUGGAAAUAGGCAACCUGUGGUGAAAAAAGAGGGUCUAACUCUUGUCGCUUUUAUGAAGGGAGAAGAAAGUAAUGAGGGUAAGGUCAUGUUGAAUGGGGAAAGGGUUUAUAGUAUAUUUAAGAAGAUAAGCGACGAGGAUUGUGUAUAUAUGGGAUUUGAUCUGAAGUAUAGUAGGCCUGAAUGGAUGAUAUUUACUGUGCUACUUGUCCCGCCACCCUCUGUUCGUCCUUCAAUUGUGAUGGAAGGUUCAUUACGGGGAGAGGACGACCUUACACAUAAACUGGCUGAUAUCAUAAAAUCGAAUGGAUAUCUAAAGAAGUAUGAGCAAGAGGGUGCACCCGGGCAUAUUGUUCGAGACUAUGAGCAGCUGUUACAGUUUCAUGUUGCAACGUUGAUAGACAAUGACAUUGGAGGACAACCACAGGCAUUACAGAAGAGUGGAAGGCCUCUAAAGUCACUAUCUGCCAGGUUAAAAGGGAAAGAAGGAAGAAUCAGGGGGAAUCUUAUGGGUAAGAGAGUUGAUUUUAGCGCAAGAACAGUGAUAACGCCAGAUCCAAACAUAUCACUUGAAGAGGUUGGAGUUCCUCUUGAGGUUGCAAAGGUUCAUACUUUUCCGGAAAAAGUUACUUCGUUUAACAUAGACAAGCUGGAAAAGCUUGUGAGGACAGGGCCUAAUGAACACCCUGGGGCCAACUAUGUUCUCAGGUCUGAUGGGCAGAAGAUAGAUCUGAACUUCAAUAAGAGCGAUAUAAGGUUGGAAGAAGGGUAUAUUGUGGAGAGGCACAUGCAAACUGGAGAUGUGGUUCUAUUCAACAGACAGCCUUCGCUUCAUAAGAUGUCGAUGAUGGCACACUAUGCCAGAGUAAUGGAUGAUAAAACCUUUAGGCUGAACCUCAGCGUUACAUCGCCCUACAAUGCCGAUUUUGAUGGGGAUGAAAUGAAUCUCCAUAUGCCUCAAAGCUAUACAUCCAAGGCUGAGCUAGAAGAGCUAGCACUUGUAUCCAAGCAGAUUAUUUCUCCUCAGUCUAACAAACCUGUUAUGGGUAUCGUACAAGACACACUUACAGGCUUAAGGCUGUUUACCUUGAGAGAUACCUUUUUGAACGAGAGAGAAGUUAUGCUAUUAUUGUAUGCUGUGAAUAUAGAAUUUUGCGAUACGCCUCCAGGAGGUACCAGUUAUAUGGAACUCAGAAGAACAAAAGACUAUGACAUCAUGAAGGUACUGAAAAGGCCUGCAAUAGCAAAGCCUAUGAAGCUUUGGACAGGAAAGCAGAUAUUGAGCUUUGUUCUUCCAAAUAUGAAUUACGUUGGGUUUUCUUCUGAACAUAACGAUAAUGACAAUGAAAACAUUAGUGAUACUAAGGUUAUCAUACAAGAUGGGUAUAUUCAUUCUGGGGUGAUUGACAAGAAAGCUGCAGGGGCAACACAAGGCGGGCUUGUUCAUAUAAUCUUCAAUGAUUUUGGGCCUAAAAGGGCAGCACAGUUUUUUAAUGGUGUACAGAGGAUGAUAAACGUCUUUAUGACUGGGAUUCAUACAUUUUCAAUAGGAAUUGGAGAUACAAUUGCAGAUGCCAAAACAGUAAAGAUGGUUAAGGAGGCGAUUCGAAAAGCAAAGGAGGAGGUCUCUGUUAUAAUUGAAAAUGCACGUCAAAAUCGUCUUGAAAGGCUUCCUGGAAUGACCAUGAAGGAAAGCUUCGAGAGUCAUUUAAAUCUGGUACUAAACAGAGCAAGAGACGUAAGCGGAACAAGUGCGCAGAGGAGUCUAAGUGAAAAUAACAAUAUGAAGACGAUGGUUCUUGCAGGAUCCAAAGGGUCUUUUAUUAACAUCUCACAGGUUACUGCUUGUGUGGGACAGCAGAAUGUUGAGGGGAAGCGGAUUCCCUUUGGAUUUUCUCACAGAACACUCCCUCAUUUUGUAAAGGAUGAUUAUACCGGUAGGAGUAGGGGGUUUGUCGAGAAUAGUUACUUAACUGGAUUGGAUCCUGAAGAGUUUUUCUUUCAUGCAAUGGGUGGAAGAGAAGGAUUGAUAGAUACAGCAAUAAAGACAGCAGAGACUGGUUACAUCCAAAGAAGGCUAGUGAAAGCACUUGAGGACGCCAUUGUAAGACAAGAUGAAAGUGUUAGAAGCGGGAAUGGCCUAAUGUAUCAAAUAAAAUAUGGGGAGGACGGGUUUGAUGCCACUUUCCUAGAAUCCCAAAAGGUUGAUGUAAAGAACUUCACAAAAAGAUAUUAUAUUGAUAUGUUCGGAAGUGGAGAACUAGCAAUUAAACAAGAUCAAGUUUCUGAGGAAGUCUAUGGAAUGCUUUCUUCAGAUGUUGAUUUACAGAAGCUUUUAGAUCAAGAAUACGAAUGGUUGGUUAGCGAGAUAUUUGAAGGGCCUUCCUUACUUUCUACAGGAGAAAUAGAUAUAGACCACGAUUACCAAGUCAGGGACAUUUAUAAGAAUGCAGUAAUGAGUCCUUGCAAUUUUACUCGUCUUUUGGUCACAGCAAAAAGGGCUUUUCAUCUUUCUACUGGAGAUGUGUCUCCUUAUUAUAUACUCGAAACCCAGAAGAGUCUCAUGACAUCCAACAAGAUCUUGAAUGUACUCAUAAGAACUAAUUUGAAUGUAAAGAGAGUUCUUCUAGAGCAUAAGCUGAAUACUGAGGCAUUCAACUGGGUUGUGGAAAUGAUAAAUGCAAAGAUUUUGCAAGCUAGAAUAACACCGAAUGAAAUGGUGGGAACAUUGGCGGCACAGUCGGUUGGAGAGCCUGCAACCCAAAUGACUCUGAACACAUUCCAUCUGGCCGGUGUUUCUUCCACAGUAACUAUGGGAGUUCCUAGGCUUAAGGAAAUUUUUAAUGUAACAAAGAACUUGAAGACGCCAUCCAUGAAAAUAUAUCUUGACAAGGAUCAUUGUAAAACAAUUGAAUCUGCAAAAGUGAUCCAGAAUGAAAUAGAAUGCUUAUGUGUGAAAGACCUAUGUCUUUCCUCGGAAAUAUAUUAUGAUCCUGAAAUAACAAGCACCGAGAUCGCUGAAGAUAAGGACUUUGUAGAGACAUAUUUUGAGUUUCCUGAUGAUGAUGUUGACUUUUCAUGCCUGUCUCCAUUCCUAAUGAGGCUUAUUGUUGAUAGAGCUAAACUUGUCGGAAGAGGAGCCAAUUUAGAAUAUGUUGCAGAAUCCAUCAGGAAAGAGCUAGGAAGUGGUGCCCAUGUGAUUUGUAGUGAUGAAAAUGCAGUUCAUAUGGUGAUAAGAAUCCGAGUUGGCAAGUCUGAGGAUGAGUCCCUAAACUUCUAUAUGACUAUAUUGAAUUCCUUACUAAAGCUUCAGCUUAGAGGAUAUAAGAGUGUUAAAAAAGUUUAUAUAAGUGAAGAUAAGGAUAAAAAAGAAUGGUAUUUGCAAACCGAUGGAACCUGUCUCCCACAAGUCCUAGGGAAUCCUGCAGUGAAUAGCAGGCUCACGAUUUCCAAUGACCUUAUUGAGAUUGCCGAGACUUUGGGAAUAGAAGCAGCACGGGAAUCUAUUUUAAGAGAAUUGGCAAUGGUAAUAGAUGGAAAUGGGUCAUAUGUAAAUUACAGGCACAUGAGUCUACUGGCCGAUGUAAUGACUAUGAGAGGGUAUUUAUGCGGAAUAACCAGGCAUGGAGUCAAUAAAGCUGGAGCUGGGGCGCUGAAAAGAAGCUCUUUCGAAGAAACCGUGGAGAUACUCUUGGAUGCUGCAUUAGUAUCUGAGAAAAACUUAUGCCGAGGAAUAACAGAGAAUAUUAUGAUGGGACAGUUAGCGCCUAUGGGGACUGGAAAUGUUGAAAUUAUGUUAGAUGUGAAGAAGUUAGACAAGGCCAUUCCAUUAUCAAAUCCUGUAUUUAAGCCCAAUGAGCCUGUUACUCCUGUGAUUAGCACACCUUCGUCUGAUUCCUUCUCAAUUAGUAGUGGUAAUUGGAGUCCUACACAUCUUGAAAUGGCAUACUCUAGGGAUGUAGAUGGAAGAUUAUCGCCCACUAGUCCGUCUUAUUCUCCAACGAGCCCAUCAUACUCGCCUACUAGUCCGUCAUAUUCAAUAUCAACCUCCGGAUUCUCAAACAAGAGUAAGAGUAAGGAGCAGGACGGCGAUAAAAAGAGAAGAAACGAUAACAACUUCUAA